AUGGAACAGGAAGAACUAAGUCCGAGAGUUAGUGUUCUUGAAACACAAGUAAACUCACCGGUUUCGAUGAUAACAGAGAUGAAAGCUUUGCUAGAAGCUUUUCAUGCGAAACAGUUGGCAAUACCAGAUCCGAACAAUUCCGCCUAUCCAUCAUCUGCUAAUACUACUGAUAAGGGGCAACCCGAAGAUGCCCAUCCGAUUCUUGAAGUUACUCAAACCCCGCAUGUUAAUCCUCAACCUAAGGCGCCGCCCGUGGUUAUCAACCUAGAGAAGGAAGAGAAAGGAAAAUCCGUAGUUAAGACAGAAGAAGGGGCCAAGAGAUUGGCCAAGAUUGAAAAGUGCCUAAGCAAUCAAGGAUAUGAGCUGGCCCGAUUCGAUAAGAUCUCCCCGUUUGCAAAAAUUGAAGUACCACCAGAUUAUAAAGAACCGGAGUUUGUCGGGAAAUACAAUGGGACAGUCUGUUCCCGUGCUCAUCCGAAAUAUUAUCUGCGCAAGAUGGCGCAUUACUCGGACUAUGUCGCACUCCUCAUGAACACGUUUCAGGAGAGCUUGGUAGGUGCUACUCUAGCCUAG